UAAACAAUGGCUGUGUCCCAACAGUGGUUUGUGCAGUGGUCGUCGCCACCUAUGAUGUUUACGGAUAUUAAUAAUCGGUUUAAUUCAGUGAAUGAUUGGAGUACGGAACCUCCUCAGUGGUCUUGGAAUGUAGGGGUGGAACACAGUGGUUUGAGUGUUAGAAAAAAUAGAACUAAGUUCGAUGGACCGUUAAAUAAUUAUUAUAAUGGAAUGCAAGGCGUGGAUCCAGCUCCUGUAAAUGAGUCGCCUCCAGUAGCCGGGCUCGCGAUAUUUCUCACCAUGAUGGGCCUGGCGCGCUCGCAGUCGGUGCCUGCCGACAUGGAAACACCUCCGUUCAAUACGCUGUACAAGUGGAAACAGAUUGGGUUUGAAUACUCUACUCAGAUGCAACGCAGGAGAGCGAUUCUAGAAAGAUCAUUUAUACCAGAAAACAAUCUGCCACUAGGACUAGAGGUGUGGGGAUCCCGCGUGUUCGUCACCAUUCCCCGGUGGAAAAAAGGUGUUCCCGCGACGCUCGCCACCGUAUCCCGGUCUGGUGGCGUCACCUCUCCACCUUUGAAACCUUAUCCCAACUGGGCUAUGAACACCUAUCCCAGAAAUGGACCUAAUUGCGCAGGAUUGAUAUCAGUGUUCAGAAUAAGUGUUGAUCCCUGCGGUAAAUUAUGGGUAUUAGAUUCGGGCCAAACGGAUUCAGUGAAAAAUUCUAAGCAAGUAUGUCCACCGAGUAUCCUGGUCUUCGAUCUUGCAACGGAUCAGCUUCUCGCUCGUUAUGUUAUACCCAAGAAAUUUGUACUUCAAGAUUCAUUAUACACGAAUAUAGUAAUUGAUUCAAGAACUAGUGAUUGUUCUGAUCUUCAUGCAUAUAUGGCAGACACUUGGCGGUUUGGACUUCUAGUAUUUAGGCAACACGACGAACAUUUUUGGCGGUUUUCGCAUCCCUUCUUUUUCCCCGAUCCGUUGGCAUCAAAUUUUACCCUACAAGGACUCAAUUUUCAGUGGACAGAUGGGAUUUUUGGACUGGCUUUAUCUCCCAUCGAUCAGUUCAGUGAAAGAAUUUUAUUUUUUCAUCCCAUGUCAAGUCUCAGAGAGUUUUACGUGUCUACAUCUGUAUUACGUGACCCUUUACGCGUUAGUAAUAGUUCUUCGGAAUUUUCAUUAGCUGGAACGACGAGAGGCCCAUCGAGCCAAGCUUCUGCUUCCGCCAUUGAUAAUAGAGGUGUAAUGUUUUAUGGGCUUGUUCUUCAAGACAGCGUAGGUUGCUGGGACACAAAUAAAGCAUUUACAAGAGAAAAUAAUAGAAUAGUUGCAUUAAAUAGCGAAACUUUGGUAUUUCCAAAUGAUGUAAAAAUUGAUCAAGAACAAAACGUAUGGGUUAUCUCGAAUAGAUUACCAAUGUUCCAGAAUGCUCCCCUUAACCCGGAUGACUACAAUUAUCGCAUCAUGUAUGCGAGUGCAACAGAAGCAGUAAGAGGCACAAUUUGUGAACCCGUUAUAGGUACCUAUAAAGAGCACAGGUGA